ACGCUCCGGUCAAUCGCAGUGAUCGCGAUUAUUUUGUGUCCGCCAGCCUGCAUCCGAUGUAUCAGUUGACAUUUGACUUCGAAACGGUUCGGUCGAGUUUUGUUUUGAAUUUGAACGGAAGACGCAAUAUUUUAUUUCUUCCUUGUGCUUUUGUGUCUGUGAUAGGAUUUAUUGUAAGUCAAUUGAGUUUAUUUUACUCUGAAAUGAAUAGGUGCGCCAAUGUCUGUACUGUGAUAAGCAGGAGGCGAAGUUACUACUAGGUGGUUACUGAACAGAGAAAUUGGAUUCAUCUGUAGAUGUUCUAGAAGAGUUCUAGGUGAUCAGACAGUGCAGACUUUUUGUAUUGGGUAAUUGAAUGAAAUCUUACCGGAUAUAUCUGAAGCGUUUCUGUUGAAUUCUCUGCACAUCAAGGAUUUUGCGUCAAAUGACUUAAACGCAUCAUGAGGCGUAUUCUAUUGAAAACAUCAGCACUAUCUCUGUUUGUGGCAACCGUUAUUUGUAGUUCAGUUCUGGUGGCUGAUUUCCGAAUGACUAGAAUGGUCGAGUUGAGUAGUCGAGCGCCAUACUGCAAGGUCCAUUCCGACCGAGGCGACAUCCAGAGGAUGCUGUUGUCCUUUGAUGCGGUGAAGGUCAGACAGGUGCCUCGUGAAUCGGUGAUUGCCCUGGAGGAAGUAUGCAAUGAAGCUAGCGGAAUUUCGGGCGAACUGCAAGGCGGUCUUGGUUUUAUUUAUCCGGGCACCAAGUGGUGUGGACCAGGACACAUAGCUGCCAACUACUCGGACGUCGGCCGGUACGCUGAUGAGGAUCGGUGCUGUCGCGAACAUGACAUGUGCCCUAAUGUUCUACUACCAGGGGAGUGUCGUCGGAGCCUGUGCAACCGAGGUGCCUUCACGAGAUCACACUGCGACUGUGAUGCAAGAUUUAGAAGAUGUUUACAAAAUCUCAACACCGAAAUCGCCAAUACACUGGGUGCUGUAUUUUUCAACGUGAUACAGGUGACAUGCUUCAGCGAGAGGCGCCCAUGUUCAGUUUGGCAAAGCAACGAGAUCGUAAGCUCACCGGACUUAUGUCCAUUGCAGUAUUAUACAUCGAACCAGUACGUGUUACCUUACAUCCGCCCAAAAUUUUACUACCCCGAAAACUCAAUCAAACGGUCCUUCGAUAAAAGCAUUUAUGGUAACGACAACAGACAGCAACUGAAACAGGAGUCACUGAACUUAAUAUCGAGAAAUUUGGUAAAAGAUAUGUUUAUUCGGCCAUUGAAUGGGUUUCUGAAGUACUACAUAACAGCAAAAUCUAUUGUCUAUGGUUAGAUUUAAGUAGCAUCAUACGAACAAAUGCUUGAUAAUGUGAAUUCAGUAUUCGAAAACUCCGACACAGGUCGAUUUUUCAGAGAUGAUAGCUUUAUUAGCCUUAGACUGAAUACAUACAAUACUAAGUUUUAAAUGUUUUGAAUUGCAGACUAAUUUUGAUCUAAGCAUAGACUUUGAAAUAUUCGAUAUUUCAAAGCAUUUCGGUAGAAGAGGCGACGUUGGUUCUAUAAUUUUGAAACUCUGCAAGUGAGCUAGUUCUUUCCUCUACUUAUUUCAUCUAGUCUUUGAAUUUUAACUUUAAUUGGAAAAUCAUUUCCCUCUCAGAGUUCUGUAUAUACUGUAUACCCAUAUAAAAUAAAAAAUCAGUAUUUUCAGUUCCAACCCACUUAUUUUACACCCUGUUUGUAAGUAAAUACUCCAAAUACUAGUCGUACGUGAAUAUUUCUCUUCAAACCUGUACACUUUGCUAGUGAAGUAAACAUAUUUUGUUAAAUUGAAGUAAGAUUCCAAAUUCAACAUAAUCGUAAUUUGUAAGUUUUAGUGGCUUAUAAUCAAUGCCGACAGGAGGAGAAGUACUACAUUUUGAACCAAAUUAGUCCGAUAUGUCCACUAUACUGAAUUCUCCAAUUCAGCUUAGAUUGCAAUACCUGACAUAUUAAUGGGUUGGCUUCAACGAGUCUGAGAUAACCGAACUGUGUUCCCGAUGGAAAUACCGCCCAAGCGAGAAGUACAUUCCAAUUAUGCAGCAAAAAUCUCACAACGGAUAAAUUGAUUACUAAUAUUACAAAUCAAAUUACAAAUCUCAAUGUAUACAUUUUGUACAAUUCAAAAAUACAUUUGUUUCCCGUU